CUAGAAUUUUGUCUUCAGUUUUUACGAGUGAUUUUUGGUCAAAGCUAUAUUUCCUUGGUUGAAAUGCCGCCACGUGGGAAGCUUCCAAGCGAAGGUGCCUGAAGGCCCUGAACUCCCUUAGGAACACUCCACUAAAUCACAUACCGAUAAACCACUAUCUUCACGAACUGAUCACGACCAUCGUCACGAAUACAAUUCCAUGUUUCCUGCUCCAACCUUCAAAAUCUAAGAAAAUUUUCCGCUGCUUGCUUGGAUAUGAACUGGGAGCAUUUGCAAUAUCUUGUCGUUCUUUUCGCUACAGUCGCCUCGAAGGCAGUUGCUUAUACUGCCCUACCGAGAUGGGGCCAGGCUACAGCUAUCAUUAAUGAUGCAUUGUUUGUCCAAGGCGGAAGAACCGACCAAUACAAUGCAUAUUCCUAUACAACAGCACCCAUAGACGAUGACCUAUUAUACCUCUCCUUAUCAACUUCUUUUAACCCUUCUUCCCCUCCAUGGCAGCUUAUCAGCAGCUCUUCUAAUUCUUCUACAUCUUCUGGUCCAGCAGUCGCUUGGCAUACGAUAUCUGCCACCAACACCUCGGAAAUAUUCCUAUUUGGCGGAGUACCAGCUAUCAAUUCACCAACUGUACUCACAGUUCAAGCAGAUUCUGCAUGGCUGUUGAAUGUUUACAACCGGCUUGUCCCAUCCUGGAUACAAGAGGCCAUGUCUUGGGCUAAUGAACCAAUCCGACGCAUUCGACAUAGCGCUGUAACUUCAAUUGAGGGCGUUGUGUUCAUAGUUGGUGGAGAAAAGGCUGACGGUUCAGGGAUCGCGUUCUCAGACCACUAUGCGUUCGACCCAGCCGUUCCAUCCUUCACCCAACUACCUACCAGUGGACCUCCCGGGAUCACAGGUCAUGCGUCGAUCAUUCUUCCAAAUGGUACUAUGUUUGUGUUUGGAGGCUACGAACCGAGUUCCUCCUCUAUGGUCGAUUUUUCAACCAUCUGGGCUCUAGAUACCACGGCUUCGUCUUUCGAGUGGACUGUGGUCACCGCAGAAGGGACUAUUCCUGGUUCAAGACGAGCGUUUGCCGCAGUGUUGAUUGAUGGUGGCAAAAUACUUAUACAAGGUGGAUCCGAUGCAACCUUUCAAACAACAUAUAGUGAUGGAUGGGCUUUGGAUCUAACAUCGGAUCCACCAACUUGGUCAGAAGUAUCUGCCCUAUCCCAAGUAGGCCAACGGAGGGACCACUUUGCCGUUUCUUAUGGCUCUGACGUGAUUUUCGGGUUCGGGUACGGCGUGUCUGCACCUGCUUCUAUACCUCUUAUUAUAUACGAUCCGUCCGGUGCUUCUGGGGAAGGUUCCUUCUCCUCAACCUAUAGUGCACCUUCACCUACAUCUGUUAGUAUCACUCAAAGUAUUCCUGGGGCGACUCAAAUCACCACUGGCACUGGUAGUCAAAGCACAGGAACAGAUAACCAGUCAGGAACUGGAGUUACUGGUACCGGUCAACCUACGUCCACCGGCGAUCCUAACAAGCCGGGGAAUGGUGACCCAGGAACAAACGACAGUGACAGCAACAACGGGAAAACCGAGGGGGUCGUUCUCGGAACUGCUCUUGGAAUUCUCGCUUUUUUGGUGGCCGGCGUAAUUGUCGUUUACUAUGUGAGACGGAGGAGAAACAAUGCUGCUGAAGAAAACCACUUCUCGUUACUCAACGAGAAUGAUCCGGAGGCCGGGCUUCCUGCUGUUAGAUCUAGUGGAGAAAAAGGGCCUUACAGCGAGCGUUGGAAUGUUUUGAAGAACCUUAAAGUUGGUGGAGCACUCACCGCUGUACCCGGUGGUGUUGUUGGCCUAUCCGAAACUCACCCGACCGCGGCAAGGAGGGAUAUGCUGGCCGAUGAGGAUACUAGAGAUUUCGGACCUUGGUACGGUCGUCGGAAGAGGGAUCAUACUGGUGACAGUUCGUGGUCUCUGAUGAGCUUCAUGAAACUCAGAGGCCGUGAGGGCAGCUCGUCCAGCUACGCCAGCUUAGCAACCCCUUUUAGAGAGAAAUCCGACCCCUUCUCAGACGGUGCGGCGCUGAUGGGAGACGAUGAGACAGGGUUCGUCGGUGCCGCUGCACGGGGAUAUAGCGGCUCUAUCGGUCGCCCAUCCCAUAACCGGGGUAUUAGUUAUACCAGUACAUUGAGUGCAGUGAGCGAUCUCGAGCAAGAUAUCGCACCUUACUCUGGUGGAACUACCUAUCACGACCCAUUUUCAAAUCCUUUCAGUGACGAUAAUGCUAUCGCCGAGCUGCCCGCUGUUUCAACUUCGUCUAGGCGAGCCUUUCCUCGACCUAAUCAACCGCUUCAAAUCCAAACUAUGCUACCUCUUGAAGUCCACAGCCUUAGUCCAGUCACGGAAGCUUCCCGCGCGACACAUUCACAGAGCGACCACACGAGUUCCGUGUCUGAGCACGAGCACGAGCACAGCGUUAGUCCCUUCAACAGUAUUUCUCAGGUUACUUCCCGUACCUCCUUCAGUCCUCGACCAUCAUCUCUUCUAGAUGCCAAUAACCCUAAUCCUGAUUCUUAUUCUGUACGACGCAGCAACUCAUGGUGGUCGCGAUUCUCGCGUACUAGUCUUCUUGACAGAGGGCCAAGUGGUUCAAAGCAAUUAGGCGGUAUGCCAGAUAUCCGAGAUCCAAAUCCUCCACCCCGAUUAGGUGGACUUGUCGCAAUUGAAGAAAGCCAACAUUCUGGUUCUCCGGAACACGACUCGCCCAAUUCAAACAGAUCCAAUUCCGCCGGUUCCAUCAAACGCGCUUUAUCUAGGGGAAGUGGGUCCAAAGUUUACAAAGGGAAACAUGGAAAAUCACUUUCAUCACUUCGCACCGCGGAUACUGAAGCAAUUGAACGCAUGGCCGGAGAGGUCGAUGUUGUUCAACGCGAAAGAACAGGUAGUCAUGGCACUCACGACAGCACCGGUAGUUAUGAUAGCAACAGUACGGGAUGGCUUCCUGAAGAUGGUCGAGGUAUUGUGCACGGGGUUGAUAUGUCUGCCUUCGACGUCGCAUCUCCAGUAGAAAUGACAUUCCAAAAGUCCAUCAUUUUUCCGGAACUUCCUGUCUUACCUUCCAAAGUUGCUUCACCUGAGAUAACGCCUCCCGUAUCUCAACCAACCACUGCCACGUCAUCGAACACGUCAAUAAACACUGGCGCACGUCCUAUCCGUGCGCCAACGGGCUCUGCAGUUGCAGCGCGCAUUCGAGAAUAUGAGAAGCGGAUGAGCCAGGAUCCGUCUAUUCCAUCCCCAACCAACACUCGAAAACACGAGGAGAGGUCUAACAAAAGAAAAACUCUUGUCAAUUAUGGGCUUACUACACGGCCCAGCCUCUUUGUAGCCAAUCCAGACCAUCGGCAGGAUUAGAUUCACUCUCAUACUCAUAGGUUUUUCUUCACUGCUUUUAUUUUAGGUGUUGAAUUUUCGGACAUCAGGUUCUUCUUCGCUUUCGCUACUCACUAUCCAGCCAUCUACAGUAUACUCGCCCUUUUUUUUCUUCGCAAAGAGCGGAUUGAAAUUCGGACGAGCUACAAUUUAUUAACCUUUUUAUUAACGUUUUUUUAAAUGUUUGAUCUGAUGACUUUCACGACGCAUCCACGAUCGUCUUUCUCCCUUUCCUUUUAUUGUUCGAACAAGGUGGCUGGAUAAUGAAAUUGAUUUGAGACUACUACAAACUACCAAAGACUUAAUAGAAAAUAAAAAUUACGCGGGUUC